AUGGCACAGAAAUACAAGUACAAAUCCGAGCCAUUUUUGAAUGGAAUUGGCGCGCUACUCGGGAGCGACGCGUCGCUCCAAGCAGAAGUGAAGAAAUCUUUAAGAGGAGGAUGUGCAUUGAUUGAGGUGCGACUAAGGGAUGGUAAUGUACAGAAAUGGAUCUUGGAUUCCAAUAGGGCAACAUUCACUAAGAUUGGAGAUUUAAAUGACGGUAAGGCCGAUGCGGGUUCAAGUGCAAACGCCGAAGCUGUAAACACUACAAACACUUUAAACACUAGAAACGCUGACGUUGUGCUCACAUUGGACGAUGCGCAACUUGUGCGGCUUGGACGCGGGAAAGUUUCAGCACAAAGGCUCUUUUUAAUGGGCAAAUUAAAAGUUAAAGGAGACGUUGCGCGUGCGGCGAUUGUCGAGCGGCUCUUAAAGGCGGGUGCGGCGCGCCAGCCAAAGUUGUGA